UCCAGCCACACGUUCAUUCAUUCUGCGGCAGUUGCGCUCACUACAUCCGGUAUUCUUCUGUCUUCCUACCGGGUCAGUUCAUGGUUAACUUCGAGGUCUUCGUGUUCUGCUUCACUUUUACACUCUGGACGGUCUUUGUUCCUUUUAGCACGGCACUACAGAUGGACCUUAAAGUUCAGGUGAUUGGGUCCCUUCGGCCAAUCAUCGCGGCCCCGGGCGAUGAUGUCAUCCUGCCGUGCCAGCUAGAGCCCAGCGAGGACGUGCGGGACAAGACGGUGGAGUGGUCCAAGCCCGACCUGAAGCCGGACCCGUCGGACCGGCUGAGCCGCGUCGGCUACGUGCACCUCUACCGGGACAAACGGGAAGUCCCGGACAUGAAGAUCCCGUCGUACGCCCGGAGGACGGCGCUGUUCACCGACUCCCUGAAGGAGGGAAACAUCUCGCUCCGGAUCGCCAACGUCACGCUCGCCGACACGGGCCGAUACCGAUGCUACGUGCCCAAGCUAGGCUGCCACUCCAUCGUCAAACUCGUCGUCGAGCCACGCUCUGUUGAAGCCUGGACGACGGAGACGCCGCUGCAUCCCAAAAUCCUCCAGACUCCAGGUCCAAACGAUGACACGGGUGUUGAAGGUGGGCGUCUGUACCUGAGCGUACCGAUUUUCGGUGUGUUUGGCUGCAUCGUCCUGAUCCUGAGUGUUGGACUCAGCGCAUAUUUACUCAAACUAAGGCAUCAACACCAAACUGUAAGUCAGGAUGACUUAUUAAUUUAAGAGACAGCACCAGCACUACCUUCACUACUACGUCUGGGACAACGUUCAGUCAGGAGAUGACAGCCGCGGCAUUUCACCGGACCUUUAACCGGUACCCACGGUGGAAGACAACCAGUUCUUCUCUGUAUCAGAUGGUUCUCCUCCACCAGCUGGGGGGGACUGGGAGGGAAAUACACCGUUCACACCCUGGCUUUUUGUGGUUCUGUUGUUGUAACGACGCUGUGUGACCAGAGGCCCCCACUACGGAGCAAGAUUUGGCAACAAAUGGUUCCCAUUAGGGGUUUUAUUGUAUGUCUACUACUAAUCUCAUGGGAAUAGUAACUACAUUUACAUACUGUGAAUGUUUUUUUAAAUCAAGAAUCGUUUUUGAAUUGAAUCGUGACACUAAAAAUCCAUAUUGAAUCGUGACAUUUUCUGAAUCGUGCACCCCUAGUUCCUAUCCGACAAUUUUUAUUAGGGCAGUUGAUACGAUACCUGCUAUGGCUCGGUUGGUUAGCAACAGACAUCGGACUAUUGUUAUUAUAUCGCAUUUAACCAACCUGACAUAUCAACAUCCCAGGCAACUUUUCUCCACACAGCUGCUGACAACGAGGAAGAAGAUGUUGGGCAGAUAUUAAGAACGUACGAAUUUACCUCAAGUCUUAAACACACGGUGUAUUUACGGCACGCCAAAUAAUACGUACACUAACCAUAGAUAUGUUUUUAUAAAACUGAUGUGUGGACGUUGGGUCAACUUGUCAUCUGUUGCAUUAUCGCAGCAACCGAUUUUAUUCCUCAAGUCUUUACUAGCUGAGAUAAUCUUUUUUAAGAUGAAUUUUUUGGGCAUUUUAGUCCUUUUAUUUUGAUUGGACAGCUGAAGACAUGAAGGGGGGGGACAACUUGCAGCAGAGGUUUGCAAAGGUAUUCAUACCCCUUAAACUGUUCCACAUUUUGUCACGUUACAACCACAAACAUGAAUGUAUUUGAUUGGGACUUCAGGAGGUAGACUUGCACAAAGCGGAGCAUAGUUGUGAAGUUCCCCUGAGUCAGUACUUUGUAGAACCACCUUUCACUGCAGUUACAGCUGCAAGUCUUUUUUGAGGUUAUGUCUCUACCAGCUUUACACAUCUACAGACUGAAAUUUGUGCCCAUUUCUUGUUUUGCAAAAUAGCUCAAGCUCCGUCAGAUUGGAUGGAAAGAAUCUGUGAACGGCAAUGUUCAAGUCUUGCCAGAUAUUCUCAGUUGGAUUUAGGUCUGGACUUUAACUUUGGGCCGUUCUAACACAUGAACAUAUGAAUAUACUUUGAUAUAAACCAUUACAUUGUAGCUCUACCAACUGAGCUACCCAGGCACCCAGCUGAGAUAUUUCUUAAGUUUUAAAUGUCUCUCUCUCUCUCUCUCUCUCUCUCUCUCUCUCUCUCUCUCUCUCCCCCCCCCCCUCCCUAACUGACCCCAGCCUCACCUUAUUUAUAUUAUACCAUAUACUACAUUGUUGGGUUUUUAUUAUUUAAAAACUAUAUUGCACUGAAGUGUGGGUGUGUCUGUCAUCCAGUAUAGUAUUUUCUAGUUUGUUGCACUCGGUUCUUGUUUUCAAAUGUUGCUCUAAUGUUUGGUCUUGUGAUUACAAGGAGAAGAAAUAAAUCACAUUUUUGAAAUCAAUGACUAACUUAUCUACACAUUCAUUUGUCACCUGAACGUCUCCCAGAACAGCAUGUUGUUAUGCUGCAGGAGAAUCCUAGCUUUAGUGCCAUACCAUACUAAUCCUCACUAUGGAAACCCUGAUAUAAGUGUAUUUUAUAGAAAUGCAGUAUUGUUUGUUUCUUUUGUAUUUAUUUCUCUCUUUAAUGUAUGUUGUAUGUCAUGUCUGUGUCUUCUGAAUGGACCUUCAGUCGGGCAAUAAAGAUGAUGAUGACUACA